AUGGGAAACCCGGAGCUAAUUCGAGUUUGCACAGUUGGAGGUAAUGCCGUUUCUGCAUUCCUCUCAUGGAGACUGCAGGCCACCAACGCCUGCGACGUAACGUUAGUCUGGAAAACAGGUUUCGAUGCUGUAUCUCAAUAUGGCAUAUCGUUCAAGUCUGCGUCAUUUGGUAACGAGCGCUUCAAGCCUCGGCAUGUUGUUCGAGCGCCAGAAGAAGCCGGCGUAAAUAACAACGACGGCCCCUUUGAUUAUGUCAUUUUGUGUAUCAAGGCUCUCCCAGACGUCUACGACAUCGCAUCUGUCAUCGAUUCGGUGGUAACACCUCAGCACACCUGCAUUCUCAUUAACACGACACACACCUUGGGCAUAGAAGCGCUCAUUGAAGAACGAUUCCCGACCAACGUUGUACUAUCGCUCGUCUCAAACGCCGAGAUCAGUCAGUUGGGCAACAGCGAGUUCGAGCACAAAGGUUCUACUGAAAUCUGGGUCGGUCCCGCGAACAAGAACAGCAAUAUUCCCUUGGCAAUCCAGGAAGACAUGGCUCAAGCCCUAGCCAUGACUUUAAGUACCGGACGCGUCGACUGCAAAGUAUCGCCCAACAUUCGGCAACAGCAGUUCGAGCGUGUCAUUGGUCCAAUCGCAUUCCACCCUGCGAGCGUGGUGUUCGAGACCUCCUCGCACUCGGCUCUUCUGGAGAAGACAGGCGUCAGACAACUUGUGUCCGAUGUCAUCGAUGAGCUGAUGGAGCUCGCAGCUACGCAGGGCUGCGCCCUGAAUGCUGAUUUCAAGGACAACGCAAUCAAGGAACAAUGCCGAUCACAGGAGACGAGCAUCAUGUGGCAAGAUUACAUUGCGCGGCGGCCAAUGGAGGUCGAGACUUAUCUCGGCUCACCGAUCAAGCUCGCAAAAGCUGCCAACAUCAAGCUUCCACGCAUCGAAACUCUGUACGCCGUUUUCCAUCACCUAAACAUCAUUAACCAGAGUCGGCCCAAGGAGACUAAUGGUAUGCCAACCGCAAAUGGCUCGCCCUCGGCGCCUAUGCCAGGCCCUCGAAUGUCGUCUAAUGGACCCCCGUCGCGUGUUAUUUCCAAUGGGUUUCCCAACGGUAACGGGAUGGGUAGAGCAGGCCCAGGGCCGAGACCGAGGAACUCGUCAACGGCCACGUUGAACGGCCCGCCCCCAGGGAUGCGAGGACCUCCUCGUGCAGGCCCUCCCGGUGGAUACCGCGGUCCCUCGAAUGGCUACGGACCGCAAGCACGACAACCCUCAAGACGCGGUUCUAUGGACGAGACAGAUCUAGGCGAGUUCAGUCACCUAGUGCUGUAUGAUGACAUCCCUGAGGGUGGCGACGGCAAUUUCCCAGGCGAUAAUGUCGACCUUGACAUCCGUGCCAAGGAGCUUCAGCUGCGACAGCGUGAACUUGCCCUUAGGGAACAGGAGAUGCGCAUGCGGCGAAAUGGUCCUCCCGGACCGCCUGGCCCUCCCGGACCCCCCGGUCCUCGCAGACGGCCCCCUCCUCGUAAUCCCGGCACGGUAUAUGAUGACGAUGAUGAAGAGGGCGAUUAUUUCGACCCCGAUGCUUUCGUCGCCCCUGCUGUUGACCCGGACCAAGUCGACAUGAUGAGCAUGACCUCCAGGAAACACCGUAUGAAGCCUCCUAGUCAGAAUCAGAUACGGAAUGAUCCUGAGAGCGUAGGUGCAUCCGGCUCCGCCACUGCUCGCAAUAGCAGAUGGGGUCGCCCGUCAUUUGGAAGAAACCGUUCCAGCCAGCAAAUGAUGAAUUCGGUUCCAUCACUGCACAGCAACAUUCUGGAUGACCCCCUUAUGGGGUACUCCUCAAACCGCUAUGGUAACGUUGACCGUGGACAGAUGCAUAUGAAUGCCGGAUCUAGGGCAAACUCAUUGACUGCUCAGCAUCUUGAACAGCUCGGUGGACCUGGCAGCAUGGGCGGUCCUUACCCCAGGCGUGCUAGUCAAUCGCCCGGUAACCCAUACAGCCCGUCUAUUCGUGGGGGCAACGGACGACCAUCACCACCGAGCGGCCUUGGCGGACCUGGAGGGCACAGCCGCCCUUCGCCUCCCAACGGCGUACGUCAGCCAGUCCCAAAAUAUCCUCCGGGACAAGGAAACUCAGUCGCACCGCAGGAGGUGGAACAACGGGCCGGGGUGAGCUCCCUUCAACCACCUAGAGUCAAAAACGUACGCAGUCUGACCGGCAGUGCGAGCGCCAGCGCGGGGAGUGGUGAUUCCACAAACUUAGAAUCUGAACCCUCUGCGCAUAGUAGCCAGAGCAGUCUUGGCCCACAGGCACCCAUCGGGGUUCAGUGA